AUGGUAGUCACUGUAAGACUCUUCCUAGCCUUGGCUGCAACUAAAAAUUGGCCUUUACACCACUUUGAUGUUAAUAAUGCCUUCCUCCAUGGCACAUUAGAUGAAGAAAUUUAUAUGGAUGCUCCUGAUGGAUAUAAAAUUCCAAUAAACAAAGUCUGCAAGUUGAAGAAAUCCUUGGAUAAUCUGGAUUUCAUUGCACUCUUAGUGUAUGUUGAUGACAUUCUUGUCACAGCAUCCACUGAAGAUUUGAUUCAACAAGUUAAGGCAUAUCUUCAUGAGCUUUUUACUAUAAAAGAUUUCGGAAAUGCUACCUACUUCCCAGGCCUAGAGAUUGCAAGAUCUCAAGAGGGUCUGAUUGUUACCCAAAACAAGUACAUCUCUGAUAUAAUAAAAGGCACAGGCCUUGAAAAAGGCAGAAUUCCUGUCACUCCUUUACCUACAGGUCUUAAGCUUAGUCCAGGAACAGGAGGAAAACUUAAGGAUCCUGCUGUCUACAGAAGGUUGAUAGGCAGAUUGCUUUAUCUUGGGUUCACCAGACCUGAUAUCUGCUAUGCAGCUCAACAAUUGAGCCAACAUCUUCAACAAGCUAGCCAACAAUAUCUUGAAGCUGCAAUGCACCUGGUGAGGUAUUUAAAGGCCAAUCCCUCAUCAGGUCCAUUCUUCCCCUCCAGCAACAAUCUUAAGCUGAAGGCAUAUUGCGAUGCAAACUGCGGGACUUGUCAGACAAUAAGAAAAUCUUUAACCGAGUUUUGUAUAUUCUUGGGUUAUAGCCUCAUCUCUUGGAAGACCAAGAAACAGACAACUGUGGCUAGAUCAUCUGCAGAGGCAGAAUACAGGAGUAUGGCCUCUACUACAUGUGAGGUGACUUGGAUAAUGUAUCUACUCAAUCAUUUAGGAAUUCCAGUAGUAAAGCCUAUUCCUUUUUUCUGUGAGAACAGGGUUGCAAUACAAAUUGCAACCAAUCUGGUUUUCCACGAAAGAACUAAGCAUCUUGAAAUUGAUUGUCAUAUAGUGAGGAACAAGUACAAAGAUGGCACAAUUCUACCAAUAUAUGUUGUGUCCAAACAGCAGGUAGCUGACAUUUUCACAAAGAAUCUGACUAGUUCUAGUUUUACUUUCCGAAGGUCCAAGUUAGGCUUGGUUGUUGUCAACCCAAACUUAACUUGUGGGGGGAGUGUUGAAGCAAGAAAUCAUCUUGCAGCUACAGAAAUUAAAGACUGA